AUUGUGAAAGCAAUGAAAUAUUUUUUCAGACUUAAUUUUACCGAGCCUGCCACAUGAAUAUUCUUAUUUACCAUGGUAUGGUCAUACCUUUGGUCUGUAGAGGGCACCAUAUACCUGGCAUCAAAGGGAUUGCCUGAUUUCAGUCAUUCGAACAUCAACAUUUUUUUGCUUGAGGCGCUGAUGUCACAGGACAUGACUAUUUUGAAGCUUCAGCAGUUUUGUGACAACGAUGUUUCAUGAGCUUGUGAUAAACUCCUCCUCCCAGCUUCUGCAUGUUUAAAUGGGAGGCGAAGCAGGAGAGGUCAGCGCCACAAGAAGACACGUGAAGGAAACGCACCACCUGCGUUAUUUAACCUCCAUCUGGAUUUUUGGACACAUUAUCACAACAUAAAGACAUAAUCCCCAAAGCAGAAGUAAAGAUGAACUUCUUAGUCAUCCUCUGCAUCUUUGCAGCAGUCAGUAUUGAAGUUGCUUUUUCAAAGAAUUGGUAUAAAAAGACACCACGCUAUAUGCAAUCUAAUCAAGAUGACCCUUCAGAGGAGUGUCAAUCCAGCGAUGGCAGCAGUUACAGGGGAAUUAUUUCCAGAACAAAAACUAGGGCCCGCUGUCUUAAUUGGAACAGGUUCAAAAACCCCUGGGGGACUUCAGUUGGACUCGGGAAUCAUAGAUACUGCAGGAAUCCUGACCAGAGCUUGAUGCCUUGGUGUCAUGUCAGAAGAGGGAAGAGAGUCGUGAGAGAAUUCUGUGACAUUCCUAAAUGUUCCUUACCAGUAAAACCCCCUGCUGCCAUGGAUACAGAACUGACGUGUGGAGAGAUGCCUCAGCAGAUGAUGCACAGAAUUGUGGGCGGUUCUUUUGUAGCCAUACAGUCGCAGCCGUGGGUCGCAGCCAUUUUUCAUCAGCGCUCCAAAUUCAUUUGUGGCGGCUCGCUGAUUGCGCCAUGCUGGGUGCUGACGGCUGCACACUGUUUGUCUGAUGGUCCAGGGACCAACAUUCAACGUCUGUCUGUGUUCCUGGGGAAGAGUGCCAUCAAUGAAACAGAUUACAUCAACGAGCAGAAGUUCACCGUGGAAAAAAUGAUCGUCCACCAAGCAUACAAUGCCACCACCUACGACAAUGACAUAGCUCUUUUGAAGAUUAAAAACAGUGAUGGUGGAUGUGCCGUACAAACAAAAUAUGCACGGACGGUUUGUCUUCCUCCACCUAAUACUCAACUUCCUGUUGGCUUUCAAUGCAUCACUGCUGGGUUUGGGAAGGAAAGAUCCGGGGGCUGGGAGUAUUCACAGUAUUUGAAACAGGCCCAUGUGAACCUUCUCUCCCAGGCUGACUGUAAAAAAGAUAUCUUGUAUGAGAGUCUGAUCACUGACAACAUGCUAUGUGCUGCGGGACCUAACUGGAGCACAGAUGCCUGCGAGGGGGACUCUGGUGGUCCACUAGUGUGUGAAGCAUCUGGUCGGAUGUUUCUUUUUGGUGUGGUGAGCUGGGGCAUUGGCUGCGCGCAGGAGAACAAGCCAGGGGUUUACACUGCGCUCACUAAAUACAACAAAUGGAUUGCUGAGAAAACGGAUCUCCCGAAGUAUACAGAAGGCGUCAUGUACCCCCAAAAGUGAAGUGCGCAACAAGGAGUCUGUUGUUGUAAUAUGAUUGUUGUAUUAUUUUGUAUUAUAUUUCCAAAAGGAAUAUUUGGCAGCAGAAGUGAAAACUCUGCUUGCAUUCAAAGUGUGUACAUGUCGCCAUGUUGGUUUCACUGUGCACAGAAUGGCAGCUGAUGGAUAUUACUGGACAUGGACAGAGAAAAUUCCUUUGAGGAUUUACUGUCAUAUUUCUUUAGGAAUGUUUUGGUUAAGUUUACAGUAUUUAUUGUAUUGGAUGUACAAUCGCUUGAUGUGCUGUUCAUGUUGAUUCUUUUUGUAAGAUUGUAAGAUAUUUUAAAAAAAAACUUUUUUAUGUAAUUUAAUGUAAACAUUUGGCACUAAGCAUAUUAUAUAGAAGCCGCUUAUAUUUUUUA